AUGAAGAACCGUUAUAAACACAAAAGAUUAGAAAAACAGGAAGACAGAGAUAGAUAUAAGAGAAUAUUAAAUGAAGAGCUAGAGACAGCAAAUAUAGAGGAAUUGUACACGAUGUACACGAUAAGUCAGGCGACGGAAGGAAAUAAACUAAAGUAUACCAAACAACGGAAAGCAUGUAAGAAACUGUUUAGGGGAAAGAAGAGGAAGGAUAAAGGAAGACAGCUUUGUGAAAUAGAAGAACUCUAUAAAAAUGGGGAGAUUCGAAAUCUAUAUCAAGGUGUAAAAAGACAGAAAAACGGUUUCGAAGCAAAUACAGUAUUUAUAAAGAGUAACGAUGGACAACUCAGUGCAGAUGAAAUAUUAGCAAGAUGGAAAGACUAUUUCGAGGAACUGCUGAAUGAAAACUUUCGGGAAGACGACGAGCACGGGAUUAACGAUUUUGAGGAACAGGAAAGGGUGUUGGAUGAUAAACCAGACCUAGAUGAUGUAAAAAGGAUUCUAGGAAGCUUAAAAUCAAAUAAAAGCGCUGGUAUAGAUGAAGUCACAGGCGAAAUGCUGAAAUUCGGAGGGGACAAAGUUAGUGAGGUGCAUGUAGUAUUUAUAGACUUCAAUAAAGCAUAUGAUACAAGAUCGGCAGUAUACCAAGCACUAAGAGGACUAGGAAAUAGUGAAAAGGUUAUAAGGCUAAUAAAGUUGACACUUCAGGAAACGGAAAAUAGAAUAAAAGUUAAAGGAAGGCAUUCUGAAAAGUCCAAGCAGCAACCCCAACAAGCCGCAGCGGCGCCGGUGGUGCCAGCACCCUCUGCGCCAAUUAACAUUCCAGCUUUCGAUCCCUCAAAAAGCGAUGCGGGAGCGAUGGGUUGGUGCGACGAUAUGGAGACCUUGGCGACCACGUUCAAGUGGACUGAUUUUGAACAGCUUUGCAGAGCCGCGGGUGCCCUGGAAGGUGACGCAAAGGAUUGGUAUGACAACUGGCACCCAUCAAAUAAAGUUUGGGCUAGUUUCCGGGCCGAGCUUUGUCAGCUUUAUCCUGCGAAGAGGAAUCUUAGUGAGCGGUUACGUAAUGCUAGUAUGUACAGAAGUGACCAAGCCACGGGAUAUUCUCUUAAAACAUGGGUUGAAUUGAAAAAAGGCGCCAAAUUUCAAAAGGCAAGCAGCGUAAAACCAAAAAAGGGUGAGGUCCUGAGUCUGCUGAAGAAAAAUGCUGGAGCUCAGCAGUUUUAA